UCUUAUACCAUUCUGUACCAAAAAAUAUUCUUUUAUUUCCCUGUUUUUUCUAACCAAGGAAGCAAAUGGAAUUCGUUUCUGUAAAAUAUGCAUUCACGUCAAUCUUGACUUAUCAAAAUUAAUUAUGUUUCUCAAUAAGAAAUCAUUUUUUUCCGCCAGCUUCUGUGUAGGUAUCAGCAGACCUCUCCUGCUUCUCACUAAAGUUUGAACUUCAGACAAAUACUGAAAUCCAACCUCUCCAAACUGCGUUGCCUUUCUCACAAAUUGUUUGAUCUCCAGUUACACACUACUGGUGCUCUGUGUAAUUAAUGUUAUUGUUAAUUAGACUUCCCUGCAGUUAUUUUCAUAAAUACAUGAAACACGCAAUAAUUAUUGGGUUAUUGGGAUUCAAGUGUUGAUUGUUUUCUGGAGGACUGUCCUUGUUACUGUUCCUUAGAAUUGUCUAAGCAGGCCCGUGUUGCAAGACUGAGAGGGAUGUCAGAGACAGCUGCUCUUACCCAGGGACAGCCUAACCCCCCCCUCCCUCAUCACUGCUGGCUUCUCCUAAGAACACCUCAGACCUGGCUGCCAGAACAACUCCCAUCUUCUGACGCAAAAUCAGUGUGACUUGCCAGGAUUAGAACUGAAACCAUGCAGAGACCAGUGGUUAUUUAUAAAAGGCUGUAAAUAAUGACAGCACCAUGAGCCUGGACGAGGACGCUCGCUGGCUGGAGUGGGUCACCAAGCAGUUUGAGAGCAUCGCAGGAGAGGACAAAGAGAUUGAUCUGGAUGAGUUCAAAACCGCCCUCAAAGUCAAGGAGUCCUUCUUCGCAGAGAGAUUCUUUGCGCUGUUCGACUCCGACGGCAGCAGCACGAUCAGCCUGGACGAGCUGCUGAAGGCUCUGAACCUGCUCAUUCAUGGCAGUGAGACAGACAAGCUGCACUUCCUCUUCCAGGUGUACGACGUCGACGGCAGUGGCUCGAUCGACCCAGAUGAGUUACGGACGGUGCUGAAGUCCUGUCUGCGGGAGAGCGCCAUCUCUCUGCCCGAGGAGAAGCUGGAUGACCUGACUCUGGCCUUGUUCGAGUCUGCUGACAAGGACAACAGUGGAUCCAUCACCUUCGAGGAGCUAAAAGCUGAGUUGGAGAGCUUCCCUGAGGUGAUGGAGAACCUCACAAUAAGCGCUGCCAACUGGCUAAAGCCGCCGGCCUUGGAGCAGAAGAAACGGCGCACUCCUCGGUACCUGACCCCCGCGUACUGGCACAACAACAGCCGCAAGCUGCUCUUCCUGUGCGGCUACGCCGGCCUCAACAUGCUGCUCUUCACCGUGGCUGCGCUCCACCACACCCCCGGCGGGCCCUGGCUCAUGGUGGCCAAGGGCUGUGGACAGUGCCUAAACUUCAACUGCACCUUCGUCACGGUGCUGAUGCUGCGGCAUUGUCUCACCUGGCUCAGGGCCACCUGGUUGGUGCGAGUCCUGCCCCUGGACCAGAACAUCCUGCUACAUCAGAUGGUGGGCUAUGCCGUCUUCAGCUUCACCCUGGUGCACACAGCAGCUCAUGUCAUGAACUUCGCAAGCCUGUCCCAGAACGAGGGCGCCCACCGGCUGUGGGAGUACCUGUUCACCACGCGGCCCGGGAUUGGCUGGGUGGGAGGAACGGCUUCCAUCACGGGCGUGGUCCUGCAGCUGAUCAUCAGCCUCAUGGUGGUGUGCUCCAGCACCUUCGUUCGCCGUAGCGGCCACUUCGAGGUGUUCUACUGGUCUCACCUGUUGUACAUCUGGACAUGGGUCCUGCUGGUGGUCCACUGUGCCAACUUUUGGAAGUGGUUUGUGGCUCCCGGGGUGAUCUUCCUUCUGGAGAAGCUGGUGGGCAUUGCCAUGUCUCAUAUGGGCGGUCUCUACAUCGUGGAGGUCAACUUGUUGCCAUCUAAGGUGACCCACCUGGUGAUCAAGCGACCACAGUUUUUCCACUUCAAGCCGGGAGACUAUGUCUACGUUAACAUCCCAGUGAUUGCCAAGUACGAGUGGCACCCCUUCACAAUCAGCAGUGCGCCAGAGCAGCAAGACACGAUGUGGCUUCAUGUCCGCUCCAUGGGCCAGUGGACAAACCGCCUCUAUGAGUACUUCAGACAGUCAGAGACCCAGGGGGUCAGCACCAAGCGGCUGACUGCGAGCUUACGGGACCGUAGGCACCUGAGGACAGCGCAGAUCUCUGCAAAACUGAGCGACAAUCAUAGGUUUUGUAACAUAAAGUGUUAUGUGGAUGGGCCGUAUGGUACCCCUACGAGGCAGAUCUUUGCCUCUGAGCAUGCGAUCCUGAUUGGAGCAGGGAUUGGGAUCACACCCUUUGCCUCUAUCCUGCAGAGCAUCAUGUACCGCUAUCGCAUGAGGAAGCAGAACUGCCCUAACUGCAGCUAUUCCUGGUGUGAGACCAUCAAAGACAGCGAGAUGAAGUUACGGAAGGUGGACUUCAUCUGGAUCAACCGAGACCAGAAGUCCUUUGAAUGGUUUGUGAGUCUGCUGACAAAACUGGAGAUGGAUCAGGCAGACGCUGAACCAGAGGGCCGAUUCUUGGAGAUGCACAUGUACAUGACCUCAGCUCUGAGUAAAAACGACAUGAAGGCUAUUGGCCUCCAGAUGGCGCUGGACCUGCUGGCCAAGAAAGAGAAGCGGGACUCCAUUACCGGGCUGCGAACCCGCACCCAGCCGGGGAGGCCCGAGUGGGGCAAGGUGUUCCAGAAGAUUGCGGAAGAGAAGAAGGGUAAGGUUCACGUGUUCUACUGCGGCUCCCCUGCUCUCGCCAAAAUCAUCAAGGCCCACUGCGAGAAAUUCGGCUUCAAGUUCUACAAAGAGAACUUCUGAGAGCGUCCAGGCCCCUGCAUCUGGGGUCCCGCCCUGAUCUUGCCCUGCUUUCUGGGGUCCCACCCUGCUUUCUGGGGUCCUGUCCUGCUUCCUGGGGUCCCACCCUGCUUCCUGUCCUGGCUGCAUCUGCAACCCUGAGUUGAACAUUCACAUGUAGCACUGGCUCAUCCAGACCCCAACGGACUGCUGACAAAUUACCUUUGCAAUCUGCUGUAAAUAAUAAACAUUGAGACUUGGCUAAA